CUUAUGCAGUCUUUCUUUGGGAGCCGUUAGUAAUGCGAACAUAGGAUUUCGCUUUUGUGAUGACAAUGGAGUAAUACAGCCCAUGCGCGCGAAGACGAACAACAGAGAGCCUACGCAUUUCUCAGUAGAGCCGCCAACGAAUAGCGCUGAGAAUCUUUCCGUUUGGACUUUUCACCUAGUUGCUGACUGCCAUGGGAAAGUAAAGCUGCAAAUACGUGUAGAUGACACUGGGAGCGUUUGCAUAAAUAGCAUAGAAAAUCAAAGGAAUACUAUCUAUAACCAUAUGACCAUUAGCACUCUUACGGUAGUAAGCUUGUAAGGCUUAUGGUAUAUGAAUCCAUACGUGAAGGAAACUUAUUACACCCAUCGCGUAGAUGAAGAGGGAUAUGACAAUGUUGCUUGGCAUGACGUUGGUAUGUGGGUUGAAGUUGGGGGCACUGCAUUGGUCAUUUGCACUAUUAGCAUUAAUGCAAAUACGCAUGCAAAUGUGGGGUUCAGACUUAUUGACGAAAAUAAUAAGCCUUUGCUUCCUUAUCGAACUUCAUCGAACACUAGGAAAGUUACCCAUUUUUCAAUGGAGCCCUACACGAGGUCAGCUGAAGACCUAACGCCAGUGACUUUUCAUAUGCUAGCCAAUUGUAAAUAUGCUAAGUUGCAAGUCACUUCUGAUGAUGGACAUCAAAGGAGCUUGAUGAUAAGACUAAGAUCUCACCUUCUUCAGGAGGACCAUCCCGAUAGCUACGACCAAGAUCCAAAUGUUGUUGCCCGCGAACUUUAAUAGUUCCCCGCCGGCCCCAAGUGCCAAGGAAACGACAUAACCCAACAGCCCGGGAAUGCCGGCGGCCAUCUUCUUUCCCAAGUCCGUCAGUCCUUUGCCUAAUUUCUUUACGCCAU